CCUGCAGGUUGCUGAUAAUACAACCGGACUGAUGGACGCCUUGCGUUCAUGAUAUUGCGACCAAUACUACAUCACUUUUAGAUCUCUGCGUAGUAAUGUCUAUCAACGAUCUACCUAGACAUGCCUAUGUAGGCCGACCCUUCUGCUAUAUAGCGAGACGAUUGUUCUCUGCAUAGACUAGAACAGGAAAUAUCAUCGAAUCACCGGGUCGGAUCGUCGAAUUCCAGGAUAAUCCAGCAUGGACCAACUAUGUAUCUCUUGUGCUUGCAAGAUCAUCCCGGCAUCAAGUACACUACUACCUGAUGCAUCAGGCCUUGAAGACAUAGCUGCACUCGAGGCCUAUCGACCUAGUGUGCUCUUUGGGGAUCUUGACACAGCACACGAUGACUCGCAAACCGCACAAUUUCCAUGGAACAUAGAGGACUCUUGGUCGACCAAACUUUGGCAAGACUGUCCAAAUUUGACAGAUUCUUCGCUCAGAUCUCCACGAUUCCCAGCGAUCAACCAUGUACCUUAUGGCGAGAACCUUGGCCGCAAGGAAGACUACUUGGAUAUCCCGGCGUCUCCCUCUUAUAGUGUCAUAGAGACUAGCAGGCCGCCAUCCCUUGGUGUCAGGAAGCCUGCGACAAGUAGCAGCGUUGAUUACCGAUGUUACGAACAUGGAUGCGGAGGGCGACGGUUCUCUUCGUCAGAAAACUACAGGCGUCAUAUGCGAGAGCGCAGCCGCUCCGAUGCGACAACAUGCCCUUUCUGCUUCACUCUCUUCACGCGCAAAAGCAACAGGGAUAAUCAUGUGCGUAAAAGGAGGUGUAAAGGCUGGAAUAAGGUGUCAUCUGAGAGAGUCGACGCGCCGUCAAGUACCCAGUUGACGAGUGUUCGCCUCAAAAACACUACAAAGCCACUGACAUAAAGUAAGCGUUGGUUCUGGGCAACGGAUGUAUUUGGGUGAUGUGCAGGUUUGCAUCAUUAGACAGGUGUGAGCGAUUGGAGUGUCUGGUAGACAUAUUAAGUCAUCUUGUUGAUGGAAGUUGACUCUGACUCAGUUUCAGUCCCAUAGAGGUGUCUAUCAUACUUGAUGCAGAAAUAAGU